AUGAAAAAAGGACCUUACAUCAAAUGCAACGAAAUCUCAUCAUUCCCAUGCGCAGGCAAGAAUGCUGAGUGGAGAGAUAUUGAUAUUGCCCCAGCAUAUUGGACAUCCGUCUGUACAGAUUUGUUUAAUAUCACGAAAUUAGCAAAUGCAACAGUUUUCAAUGACAAAUAUGGCGGAAGAUUCCCACCAGCCGAAAGGACAUACUUUGUACAUGGUUUCAAUGAUGCUUUCCUUGAAGCUUCCUGUACAAUUCCAGAUGAUAAUAUUGAUAAGAAAGUAGAUUCCAUUUUAGAGUCAGGUUUCUCCGAUGACUUGAAUCCAGAACAAGAAACUGACUCUCCACAGCUUAAGAAGAUCAGACAAAAAGUUAUUAACACGAUGAUCAACUGGAUACAGUUUGAUCCAACACCAAGACCAUCUCCAGUACCAACACAAUCACCUUCGCCAUCGCCAAAGCCAUCUUCGAAACCAACAGAGACACUUCCACCAAAUCCAACACAAACAGUAAUUCCUUAG